AUGGGUAACACCGAAAAUGCACAAGAUGCAAUGUCCUGGGGCUUCUAUGGAGCAACACACUCAGCUGGGACAUCCACACUCUCUAACAUCAACACACCACAGCAAACACUCUACCAACUGGCAGCACACAAGGAACAUGGGUACAGCAGCCUGCAGAUCCCCUUGGUUGUAAGGUGCAGUCGUUUUGAUUUAUGCAGGUACUCCAAGAAGUCUAACCACCUCAUAACAAAGACCAACAAGCAGCCUAGGGAGACUGCAGCCAUCAGAACCUGCAGAUUGGCAGCCUUGGAUGCAUUCCAUCAACAGCUGCAACAGCUACACCAACUUGAAGCAGACAAGGAACAAAUACAAGCUAAUAGUACUAGCUACAGCAGCUUGCACAUCUCUUUGGUUGUAUGUUUUGUUGGUGUUUGGCUGUGCAGAUACAAGCUGAACCACUUCAAAGCAAGGACCAACAAGCAACCUAACUACAAGGGCAGCAACAAGGAGUUUGUGCAACAGAACUCUUGGAAUUGUUCUUAUAAUUGUGUGCUUGCUUGUUUGUUUGUUUUUUUGUUUGCUUAUUUGUUUAUGAAGGUUGUUGGAGAUACAGGCAACAGUGGAACCCAGAAGGAACUCCAACACCCUCAGAGACAACAUCCAAGAACCAACAACAAUAUCAUGAGUAGCUGUAGAAUGAUACACCUCCAUCAACUCCAUAUACAUACUGUGGAAACACAACACCAAACAACUACUCAGCCACACACCAAACAACAACUCAACCACAGAGCUGAAGCUGAAAGUGCAGAAUUGAAAGAUGAAGUUCAACAGCAUCAGCAACAACAGAGGCCAAAACCAACACACCCACGUACAGCAACCUCCAGACUUGGUUGCUUGUGCAUGUUUCUGGUUUUGUCUGUCUGUGCAGGUGCAAGUCUGCAGCAACCAUACAUUUGGACCACCAUGCAGGUGUUCGAAUACAGCUACACUUUCUUCCACAACAAAUCAAAGGUUGUUGGCUACUAUAGUUCCAUAUAUUUCCUAUCCUUUCAGCCUCCUUAG